AUGGAGGUGAACAAGACUGAUCCACCAGAGACCAAAUUGGAAUGGCUGCGCUCACAGAUGAUUGGCGGCAAUGUCGAAUUCGAUACCCCUUUUGGGAAAUGCCUCCUCACCUAUGCCGAUCAUACCGCUUCCGGCAGAGGCCUUCGUUACAUUGAAGACUUCAUUGCCAAUAAUGUUCUUCCUUUCUAUGGGAACACACAUACAAGUGACAGCUACGUAGGGUAUAAGACCACCAAGAUGGUGAAGGAGGCUUUCAGGUACAUCAAGAGUUGUCUUGGUGCAGGACCAGAUGAUGCACUCAUAUUCUGUGGCUCUGGCACCACUGCAGCUAUCAAACGCCUUCAAGAGGUGAUGGGAAUCACAGUGCCUUCGACCAUGAGAGAUAAGUUAAUCCAAAUCCUGAGGAGUGAGGAGAGAUGGGUUGUCUUUGUUGGGCCAUAUGAGCACCACUCUAACCUCCUUUCAUGGCGGAAUAGCCUGGCUGAGGUGAUAGAGAUUGGUUUUGACGAUGAUGGAUUGCUAGACAUGCAAGCUUUGAAGAACCAACUAGAGUUUUACAAGGAUGCCAAUCGUCCUAUGUUGGGUUCAUUCUCAGCUUGUAGCAAUGUUACUGGAAUCUACUCUGACACAAAUGCAAUUGCAGAGCUUCUUCACCAACAUGGAGCUUUUGCUUGCUUCGACUACGCUGCAAGUGGUCCUUAUGUGGAGAUCAAUAUGCGAUCAGGUGACUUGGAGGGCUAUGAUGCCAUUUUUUUAAGCCCACAUAAGUUCCUUGGCGGGCCUGGAACCCCUGGCAUCCUUUUGAUGAACAAAGCCUUGUACAGGUUGAGAUCAUUUGCCCCUUCUACUUGUGGAGGUGGAACUGUUAACUUUGUUAAUGGUUUCAGUGAAGAGCAAACCUUGUACCAUGAAGAUGUAGAAGAGAGGGAAGAUGCUGGAACUCCAUUGAUAUUGCAGAAGAUAAGAGCUGCACUUGCUUUCUGGGUGAAGGACUUCAUUGGUUACGAUGUGAUCCAAAACCAGGAACAUGUUUACGUAAGUGAAGCUCUCAAGAGACUCCUUCCCAAUCCCAAUAUAUGGGUUUUAGGGAAUACAAGAGCACAGAGACAAGCCAUCCUCUCUUUCGUGAUUUUCUCCACAACAAAUUCUUCCUCCAGUGACUCUAAAUCUCAUGAGGCUACUUGGGCUGAUAAUAUAAUUAGAAAUACUGAAAGAGAUACAAGUCUUAAUAUGUGGGCAGAGACGGGGAACAAGAGAGACAAGCCUCUCCAUGGAUCAUUUGUAGCAAAGCUCCUCAAUGACCUCUUUGGCAUCCAGGCACGAGCUGGCUGCGCUUGUGCAGCACCCUAUGGUCACCAUUUACUUGGCGUCGAUGAGACUCAUUCACUAGCCUUCCGGUCUGCCAUCCAAAAGGGCUACACCGGUGUGAAGCCAGGAUGGACCCGAGUUAGCUUCCCCUACUACAUGUCCACUGAAGAGUUUGAGUUCAUUCUAGUUGCAUUGGAAUUCAUUGCCACACAUGGUCAGCGAUUCCUACCACUAUACAGCUUAAAUUGGAAAACUGGAAGGUGGACCUUCAAAUCGAGAGAAUUCAUGGAGAAUAUACUAGGGGAGGACUACAGUACUACUCUAAAUUUGAUCAGUGACUUAUCAUUCGAUGAAGCUAAGCCAGCUGGGAUGAGAAUCAAUAGCAAUGGAUCUAAGAAGAUUGUUAGAGUGAGUAGUAAAUAUACUUCAUACUUAGAAACUGCCAAGUAUGUGGCCAACUUCCUCCCCAAGUUCCCUCCCCAACGUAGGGUUCCAAAAGAUAUAGAUCCAACCCUCACCCAUUUUAGGGUAUAG